GUGUCUGCCAACGAAAUUCUGAAUUUUCGCGUUUUUUUGUUUUCUCUUUGAAUGAUUGUUGAGGUUUAUACGGUUCAUUUGCAGGGUCACAGUAUGAAGGAAUCUGCGGUUGAGACAAUGUUUCAGAACAGGCACAUUCCUAAGGUCGUAGACAUGUUAAGGACGCGCCUGGACCUGGAGCCGAAGCCCCACCCUUAUGAAGACGAAGCCGUUGUGCGGGGGGCAGCACUCUUUGCUGAUUGCAACGAGCGGGUUAUGGAGAGUGAUCCCAUCCCGGGGGGCCGAUCUCCGAGAACGGGACCGGAUUCAGUACCUGCUGUGUUUGGUAAAUCCGGGGGGCGAUCUCCGCACGACAUCACUCGUUGGAAGCAGGUUGCAGAGGAGUUGCCUGUGCACGAAUGGAGUGAAUGGGAGAAGUACACCUGCCAAGUGGAGAAGAGAGAGUAUUCAUGUCCGGGCUGGCUGUGGAGUAUUAUAUUAGAAUGGAAGCGUGACAUCGACGGCUGGCUUGGCAAGAAAGCGGCAGGUGGGAUCAAGGAAUUUGCCACCCGGUUUGUCGAAUUCCGAAGGGCGUGCGAAUAUGCAUUUGGAGCGUUGCGGGCAAGACCAAAUUCAGGAAGGAAGUUCUUGGUGGUCGAUUGCUGGAAAUCCAAUGAUAUAAAGGACUGCCUGCGGAGCCUUCAGGCGAGCAGGGGGCCGGAGCUCUGCGAUAUGGUCAUCUCCAUGCCGCUUCAGGAGCUCCGCAAGAGAAAGGAACGUAUCGCAGAAAUGGAGGGAAUAGGAUUAGCGGCACUCGGCCUUUCGCCCAAGGCGACGCCCAACGCCUUGAUGAACGGAGGGAUCCCUUAUGUCCUUCUCGAGGCAGGGCCCGCGGUAACGGGCUCAGGCGAUCCAGAGGAUCUCUGCUCGGGGUGGAACAAGCUUGUUGGUGAGCAGGUGUCGCUAGCCCUGCAAGCUGGUCUUCAGGUCGUCUUGCGCCUUGGACGUGAUGAUUGUGACGAUGUGCACUUCAGGAAUGAGGCUUUCAAACUAGAGGAUGAGAAGCUCCAUUGCGGAGCACAACUCAGGGACAUUGUCGGUCGCGUAGGCAAGGAUUUUCGAAACAUAGCUAUCGCUUAUCUGCCUCCACGGCACAUGCUGGCUUCGGCAAUUGAAGCCGCUGCAGCAGAGGCGCAAUGUGAUAUAGUCCAGACGGUUCGGCACAUAAGACGUGUGAUUGGGGACUUGGUGAACGACCAGGCCGCCGAUACAACGCGCAUCCUUAUCGGCGGAUGCAAGACGGCGGACACGUGGCAUGCCCUGCUAAGUCGGCGGCACGAGAUUGAUGGCUUUCUUCUUGAGGCGGGCCUCCGAGAGCCUCACCUGUUUGACCAACUUCUUCUCCUAGGGGGACCAAGCAGGCGAAUUCGCCAGGAGAGGGGGGGCAAAGUGUUGCUUUGUGGGGGCCAACAGGAAAAUGUGACCCUCAGUGAGUAUGACAUGGUCUGGUUGAGCGCUGUCACAGACGAGCUGAUGGGUACAGAGGAGGUCCUCUGGAUUGCGACGAAGUGUGUAUCAACUGUGGGGGUGGGUUCAGAAAUGAACUUGAUCAGGGAAAUCAACGGCUCCAAUGUGUUGCUCUGGAGGGAGGGUCAUAUUAUGACCGACUACCGCGGAGAGGUUGGAGAAGAGCAAAAGGUGACGAUCGUCCCCAUUGUCGACUGUGACAACAACAGCCAGGGACUCGAGCUAGCAGAUGCGCUAUCGACGCAGCUCUCAGUAUUGAGGGCGAAACUGGCCGGAAAAGGUGACACUCAAUGGUCACAGCUUCUUCUUGAGUACAGGCCUGCAGACGGUGUGAACUUCUCACGCUCUCUUUUUGAGACUGUGGAGAGAACUCACGUCCUCAUCAGGAGAUGGGUUCUGGCGAACUUGGGAGCAGAGGCGGCGCAGGAGGUGCGAAUCGUAUGCUUUCUUGAGGAGCAGGUGGAGUCAGAGACACGUCGACAAAUUGCGAAUCUGCCCCAUGUAGAUGGGGUGAGCCUGCGACUUCCCGAACGGCGAACUAUCAGCCGCCCCGGUCUUUCGGCCUAGACGCAGAAUAUUUGCCAUUGAUUGACAUGUGGACUGACAGUCGCCCUUCGAACGGGCGCCAGAAUC